UCUCUCUCUUUCUCCGGAACUUUCUAAUUUCUUCCACAGACCUCUUGUCACUCUUUUAAAUGCUCUAUCCCAACCCUUUUGUCCGCACCGAAGAUCACUAGCAAUCAGAGCACUAUCUGCACAAGCGCUUGUCUUCACAGUUAGCAACAACGAAGAGGAAAGUGAUGGAUUUCAGGAUCAUGGGCUUGGAAUCGCCGCUUUUGAGCACACUGCAGCAUAUGAUGGACUUGACAGAAGACGCUGCUGAUAAAUCCGUCAACGCUCCGACCCGGACGUAUGUGCGUGAUGCCAAGGCCAUGGCUGCGACUCCGGCCGACAUUAAGGAAUUUCCCAAUUUCUACGAGUUUGUCGUCGAUAUGCCCGGGUUGAAGUCUGGGGACAUCAAGGUUCAGGUAGAGGAUGAUAAUAUACUUCUGAUCAGUGGGGAGAGGAAGAGGGAGGAAGAGAAAGAAGGGGCCAAAUAUGUGAGAAUGGAGAGAAGGGUCGGCAAGUUCAUGCGCAAGUUUGUGCUCCCUGAAAAUGCCAACAUAGACGCCAUCUCUGCCGUGUGUCAAGACGGUGUGUUGACCGUAACUGUUCAGAAAUUGCCUCCGCCCGAGCCCAAGAAGCCCAAGACCAUCGAGGUGAAGAUUGCUUAAGGGCCAUGAAUCGGUAUUUGCAUUUCUCUGCUUGUUACUGUUGAACGUUUUGCUGUUAAGAGUAGUGCUGUGGAUUUAUUUCUGGUUUUGUUGUUUGUUUGAUUUGAGUGUUGUAUUAGCUUUGUGGCUUUUUACUUUAACUAUCGUUGUUGAGUUUGUCAUUAAUAUCGACUCGUUAUAGCAUAUUUGCGUUAUUGAUCUUGGUUAUCGUCUC